GCAUCCAUACACCAACCUAGCACCGAAGUGUUUGGGCUUUUCCAUCAUCUUUGCCUACUUUCUUCUGUUUUUCACUUCAACUGGCUUUCCUUGUCCCACUUUCCAAAAUCCAUCAGAUCACUUUCUUAAAACAAUAAACAAGGAUUUUGAUGAGGAUAUGGAAGGUUCAACCAAAAGGAUAUCUACAGAGGAAGUGAUCGGUACCUUAACAGAUUCAUACAAGUCAUCUGCAGCCUAUGAAGAAGCUAACAACAGAGUUGCUGAAAUAUGCAAGAAGGGAGAUGAAACACUUGAGACAAAGAAAAACCAUGCUAGUUUCUCAACUCAAUGCCCUGUACUCAGCAGGCGGUCUUUCAUCAAUAUGUAUCGAGAUCUUGGCUACUACUGGUUGCGCCUUGCUAUAUAUCUAGCAUUGUCCAUAGGUAUUGGAACACUCUUCUAUGAUGUUGGCUCAAGUUCCAGCUCCAUUCAGGCUAGAAGUUCGAUGUUGAUGUUUGUGGCCACAUUUUUAACAUUCAUGGCCAUUGGUGGAUUUCCCUCAUUCGUUGAGGAUAUGAAAGUUUUUGAACGUGAAAGAUUAAACGGGCAUUACUCAGUUGGAUCUUUUGUGAUUGCCAACACAUUAUCUUCAACACCAUUUUUGUUUCUAGUUUCUGUGAUUCCAGCAGUAUUAGCGUAUUACCUUACAGGACUGCGUGAAGGAUUUAAUCACUUUGCGUACUUCACAUUCGUGCUUUUUUCAUGUAUGAUGCUAGUUGAGAGCUUAAUGAUGGUUGUGGCAAGUCUUGUACCCAAUUAUUUAAUGGGAAUCAUUAUAGGCGCUGGGAUCCAAGGCAUGAUGAUGUUAGCAGGUGGAUUCUUUCGCUUACCUAAUGAUUUACCAAAACCAUUCUGGAGAUACCCAAUGUUCUACAUUGCAUUUCAUAGGUAUGCAUUCCAAGGAUUCUACAAGAACGAGUUUAAAGGACAGGUAUACACAUAUAGCGAAGGCGGUGUGAGAGAAAUCGUGUAUGGAGAGGAUGUGUUAAAAGAGAAAUGGCAGGUUGAAAUGGGUUACUCAAAGUGGGUUGAUUUGGUGAUCAUAUUAGGGAUGGUGGUGAUUUAUAGACUUAUGUUUUGGCUUAUAAUCAAGAUUGUUGAGAAGGUUAAAUCUCGUAUGAAGGGUUUCAUGUCUUUUUUUCCAACAAAUUAGACGAGGGCGUUGAAUCCUCUUGUCACACCUUCCCAUUAAGUAUGUCAUCAUCUUUGUAACACUAAAAAUAGUUUAUUUCGUAGCCUUCUCUGGAAUAUAAAUAGAUUUCAUAUCGAAUUGUACGAUUAGUUUGGAUGUAGUAUAUUUAUGUGUAUGGAUCUCUUCG